UCCCCGGAGUUUAAAUGGGUACAUUUCACUUUGCUUCGUAGCUCCUUUAACUCUUUCGUAGCACAAACGUAACUCCUUCUUUGAAUCACAAAUUAGUUUACAAUACACCCUAACACGAUUUGAAGUGACAGAAACACCGGACUCUGCUUCGGACACAUCAAAUGGUCAAACAAGGUUCCCAGUUCUUACCUAAACUGCCGGCGUUCUUCUCUAAACCACUAACACCAGCCUUAACGUGAAGGAUGAACAAGCCCUCUCUGGGGAAUAAAGCUGUUUCAAGCAGGCUGAACCGCUGGGUGGAUCCAUCCUUCACUGAUUUUCCAGGGGAAUUCUUUCCUCUGUCUGGAAGGAGAAAGGGCAGCCAGGUUUUGUGCUCUAAGUCUGAGCCUAAGAGGCCCAGGAGGAGGAAAGGAGAGGUUGGCUGCCCAAACCCUCACACAUCUUACCUGCUGAAAGAGUCAGCCCAGAGAGACCAGGAUGAGCCCUGGGUGGACAGAUACUUGCCCCGUUCACAGACUGAGCUAGCUGUCCAUAAGAAGAAAAUAGAAGAAGUGGAGAACUGGCUAAGAGUUCACAUGAACACAUCAGAGGGUGGCAUCUUGCUACUGACGGGACCAUCAGGCUGUGGAAAGACAGCCACCAUCCGGGUUUUGUCUGAAGAGCUGGGCCUCAUGGUCCAGGAGUGGACCAACCCCAUCAACCUAGAGCCAUACAGCAGCAGUCAUCAAGAAUGGAAAAUGAAUGGCUUGUUCUGCAGCUCCCAGUUAACCCAGUUCCAGGACUUUCUCCUCAGAGCCAACAAGUACAAAUGCCUGAAGAUGGUGGGUGAUGGAGGAGCUACAGACAGGAAGCUCAUACUGGUGGAGGAUUUGCCAAACCAGUUCUACAGGCAGCCUAGCAACCUGCAUGACAUCCUGAGGUGCUUUCUGAAGACCAGUCGAUGUCCUCUGGUUUUCAUAGUGUCAGACAGUCUGAGUGGAGACAGCAGCUUGCGCUUUCUUUUUCCCAGAGAGAUCCAGGAUGAGCUCAACAUCAACAACAUCAGUUUUAAUCCAGUGGCCCCAACUACAAUGAUGAAGGUCCUGACUCGAAUUUCAGCACUGGAGGCAGAAAAGAGCUGUGGGAGGAUACACAUCCCAAACGAGUCAGUGUUGGAGACGCUGUGUUCAGGAAGCUCAGGAGAUAUUCGUAGUGCCAUCAACAGCCUCCAGUUUUCCUCCCUCCAAGACACAUCAUUGGAAAAGGACCUGUGGAGGAUGACGAAGGAUAAACCUGCGACUUCACUGAGCAAAGCUGUUUCCAGAACAAAUGAGAGGAAGAAGAAGUCCAAACAGACAAAGGAGCAGAAAAGGGAACAGGCUGUUUGGGGGAAAGAUGCUUCGCUGUUCCUGUUCAGAGCACUGGGAAAGAUCCUGCACUGCAAACGAGGUAAACAUGAAGGUGCUGAAGCAACUGAAAGUGGCACUCGACCUGGCCUAUCGUCUCACCUGUCUCAUCAUCAGAGAGAAGCAUUACUAGUAAACCCAGAGUUGGUUGUUGAGCGUUCUCACAUGUCUGGAGAGUUCUUCAACCUGUACCUCCACCAGAACUACCUGGACUUCUUCUCUGAGGUGGAGGAUGUAGACCGGGCCAGCGAGUAUUUGUCUGAUGCUGACCUUCUCACUGCUGAUUGGACGAGUCGCAGCACUAUGGGUGAUUAUGGGUCUUCACUCGCCACGAGGGGGCUCCUUCACUCAAACUCUCAACAAAUUUCUGUUGGCUUCAGACCACUACACAAACCCAACUGGCUGCUGGUCAACAAGAAGCAACGGGAGAACUGCCUGGCUGCCCAGUCUCUGUUCAGGAGCUUCUGUCUGACACCAGUCAGCCUGCAGACUGAGCUACUGCCCUACCUGGCCAAACUCACCAACCCUAUGAGGAACCAAACCCAGAUAGCUUUUAUCCAGGACGUGGGUCAGAUGUCAUUGAGGAGGUUACCUGGCAGAUUAAAACCAGAGGCUCUGACAGACAAAGAGCUGGGCCAGCCGGAGAUAGACACUGAGGAGGAGAAAGAGGAAGGUCAGGAUGGGGUUGAGGAGGGUCUGCCAGCCAGUCAACCACAAGUUACUACAAGCCAAUUGCUUUUGAAAGCAGAAGACCUGAUCAUAGAGGAAUAUAGCAGUGACUAACACUCACAGCUCUGUCAAACAUCUACUGUCAUACUGUGAAACUGGUUCACUUUUUCAUUUUAUUUUUUUUUGUUUGUUUCGUGUGUGUGUCUCUUUCUCUAUCGAUCAUUAAUCAUGGAGAUUAAUUCAGUUCAGUUCUACCAGUUGAAAUGUUGUCAGUAUGUAUUUGUUUGAAGUGCAUGCACUUGUUUUUUGUCCCUAAAUUUUUUUUUUUUGUUUGUUUGUUUUCCUGAGUGACUGUUGAGCCUGGAUUAACCUGUUAUGUAAAACUGUCCAGGAACAAGCCCAGCCUUUAACUGACAUCUUCUUUAUUCUUUCCCAUUGAUGGUACAAGAAGAUGAAGAAGAACAAGUAAUAUUACGUUAAAUACUUAUUGAGAAAUACAUUGUUUAAACAAAAUGAGUUUGUGAAUAAAAACUGUGUGAA